AUGUCUGCUGGGAAAGACUACGCGUUGCAGCCAAAUUCAACUGCGCAUGAGGGAAAUGAGUACAUCGAAGAAGUAAAUCUUAUUCUUGAUACAAUACGCAGUAAGAUAUUACAGCACAGGCCAAAGGACAUAUGCAACUUUAUCAAUACUUCAGCACAGCAGAUGGCAGCAAGUAGAUCUCUCAGAGGGGAAUGUAAGGAUAUCAUCCUGAAGAUCUCUGGCAAAAUAAUGGAGAGCCCACUAUCCAUUAUUAUUUUUGGUGCAAGCGGUGAUUUAGCCAAGAAGAAAACGUUUCCCGCCCUUUUUGACCUCUAUUGUGAUGGUCUACUUCCUCCUGAAAUCAAUAUUGUUGGUUACGCCCGCACUAAAAUUCAAGACAUCGAGAAGUGGAAAAAUGAAACAUUAGCGAAAUACUUUGAUCGCUUAGAGAAGCAUCGGUGUCAUUUAGAUAGUUUUUUUCGUCGUCUGAGCUAUAUCUCUGGUUCUUACGAUAAUAUCGUUGACUUCAAGAGGUUGGAUGAACAUCUCAUCAGGUUGGAGGAUCAAUUCUCCGGCACUGAAAAGAAUGGAAACCGACUUUUCUACCUUGCCCUUCCACCCUCAGUGUUCGUGUGUACGUGCAAUGGAAUUCGGCGGGCUGCUAUGCCGCGAAAGGGAGGCUGGGUACGCGUUGUUAUCGAGAAGCCUUUUGGGCAUGAUACGGAGUCAUCCUCACAGCUUUCGCACGACCUGGAGACACUUUUCGACGAAUCACAAAUUUUUCGCAUUGACCACUACCUUGGAAAGGAGAUAGUUCAGAAUAUUUUGACAACGCGGUUUGCCAACCGUAUUUUCAGUUCCACCUGGAACUCCAGUAACGUCGCGUGUGUACGAAUCACGUUCAAGGAAACUAUCGGGGUGGAGGGGAGAGCGGGAUAUUUCGACAGUUAUGGAAUUAUACGGGAUGUGAUUCAAAAUCACCUUACCCAGAUGCUUGCCUUGAUUUCCAUGGAGAAGCCACGCACACUUGAUACUGAGCGCAUUCGCGACGAAAAGGUGUUUGCGCUACGUUGUAUUGCACCUGUAAGAAAAGAGGAUUGUGUUCUUGGCCAGUAUACGGCGUCCAAGGACGGGUCGAUCCCAGACUAUCGAGCACAUCCAGGUGUACCCGAGAACAGCAGAUGCCCGACCUUUGCCUGUAUGGUUCUACAUAUUAAUAACGACCGUUGGAAUGGUGUGCCGUUUAUCCUCAAAGCUGGAAAAGCGCUGGAGGAUAAGGGCGUUAAUAUCAUCAUCCAGUUUAAGGACGAGAUACACCCAUACCAGGACGCAGCGAAGCGGGAUGAGCUGGUGAUUUGCGCCCAACCAUCUGAGGCGAUCUACCUGAAUCUUACCAUGAAAAACCCCGGUGUUUUAGGUAAACUUACCGACACGCAUCAGACGGAGCUUGCCCUCACGUAUCGCUCUCGCUAUGAUGUCCGCUUUCCGGAUGCUUAUGAAAGCCUCAUUAAUGAUGCUAUACAUGGGAACUCGACGAACUUUGUGCGAAAGGAUGAAUUGGAUGCCGCAUGGCGCAUAUUUACUCCCCUUCUUCAGCAGAUAGAUCAAGGUGCCGUGGAUGUGAUUCCGUACGUGGCUGGCACGCGUGGACCAAAGGAGGCUGAUGAGUUGAUAUUCCGUAACGGUUUUAAAUAUGCAAAGCACUGUUCCUACCCUUUAUCCGAGAAUAAACUUUAA